AAACAACUGAAAACGAACCUCGAAUGCCAUAAACAUUCUUCUUUUCUCGUCCCCAUUUAUAGCAGCCACAAUGGCAGAAUUCACACUGCAAGAACACCUCCUCGCCCUCUCAGAUCCACCGCUGUACCAAAUUUCCGCAGAACUCGACAUCCCUUCUCUCCGAACAUCCUCCAUCGAUUCCUCCCUUUCCUCCGCCAUUGAAGAAAUCGCAGGUGAUCCGGAAUCCAUCGUGAACUCCUCCCCAUCGACGUUCGACGUCUUCCGCUCCAUCCUCAAGCAUGCAGACCAACCAAACGUUGAUUCUGGCAUACUCACCAAAUUGCUGGAUGUGAUUGUCUCAGGGCUGAGUUAUCACUCGAGCACGGUGAUGGCGAUUGUCAAUGGACAAGGGUUUGGUGCUGAAGCCGAUAUGGAUGCGCCAAUGGUACAUAAGCAGCCGCUUGAAAUGUGGGCGUUUCUGCUGCAGUGGUUUGUCAAUGCCGCAGAGCGCGGGGCGGGAAAGACGAACGAUGAACCGAGACAGGCAAUGACUGGGAGAGGUAAAAAGAAGACUACCAAAACCGCAGGUGGAGCUGGGAUAUCAACAUCAUUCGUAUUUUCAGAUCACCUCCCCCUAGUGCUCGGUACGAUGCACAAAACUCUCCGAAUACCAACUUCACGAUUAUGGCGUACCUCUUCCGAAAGAGAAGCCUUCAUCUCGUGCUUUGUCAAACCCGCAUACCAACUCGCCGAGACAGAGGCAUACCUCAAAAUUUCCGAGAUCCGCCUGGGCAUAUUCAAAGUCAUCUGUCUCGCUGUCAAAUUCCAUCAACAUGCUUUUGGGGCCCAAACAUCGAUUAUGCAGAAUUUGACGUAUUUCGAACAUCUCUCGGAACCGAUGGCGGAGCUGCUGGCGAUUUUGGAAAAAGAAUUUGAUUUUUCGCAGUUGGGAGAAGAAGUUCUCAGGGAUGUAGCGGGAAAGAGCUUUGCGCAUAAUGAUGCGAAAGGUCCGAGGAGUUUUUCGAGGUUUCUCGUUAGGCUGACAGAGUUGAGUCCAAGGAUGGUGCAGAAGCAGAUGCCAUUGCUGCUCGCACAUCUCGAUAGCGACGCGCACCCUAUGCGAAUGGCUAUUGUAGAGAUCAUCGGUAUCCUCAUCAAAGACAUUUCAUCAUCUGAUGAAGGUGACGAAGAGCAAAAGACGAAGCAGAUCCAGAGGUUCUUUGAGUUGUUGAUGGAGAGAUUUUUGGAUCUGAACUCUUGGGUGAGAUGUAAAGUCCUGACAACAUUGAUCAAGCUCUGCGACCUACCCGCCAAAUUUCCUAAACAGCGUCAUCAAAUUACCGAACUUACCAUUCGCACACUUGAAGAUAAGACAUCGUCUGCUCGUCGAUAUGCUAUCCAACUGCUGUGUAAACUACUGGAGACUCAUCCAUUCGGUGCACUUCAUGGCGGGACGUUGAAUUUGCAAGAGUGGCAAGAGAGGUACGAAAAGGUGGCAGAGGAGUUGAAAAAGGUGGAUGCGCAAGAAUUGGAAAUGGCGAAACGGGAAGUGGGGGUUGAGGAUGAUGAUGAGGAAGGUGAAGAUGAUGAAGAGCAGAAAGAGGAUGAAGAAGGGACUAAAUUCAACAAAGAAAAAGAAGACGGGGAUAAAGAGGAAGACGACGAGGCUCAAAACGAAUCCACCCCAAAACCCAAGAAGAAGAAACCUCGUCAAUCCCAACUCGACCUAUCCGCCAUCCAAUCUGAACAAGCCUCCAUCGAUCCCAACCUCAUCACCAAAUUGCGUCUUACCAAGAAAUACUAUGGCGAUGCUCUCCGAUUCAUCAACCAACUGGAAUCUGCCAUCCCAACCUUGUGCCAAUUACUCGUCUCCACCACGAAAACAGAAGUCCUUGAAUCCAUGCGGUUCUUUAGGGUUGCGUACGAGUAUGAUAUCGCCUCGGCCGAACAGGGAAUCAAGACGAUGUUGCAUUUGAUUUGGACAAAGGAUAAUAACGCGACGGCUGGGGAGGAAGGGGAAGGAAAAGGGAUUCGGGGCAGUGUGAUUGAGUGCUAUAGGAGUUUAUAUUUCGAUGUGGUGCCGGAUCUAUCGCCAAAGCAGCAGGUGAAUAGGAUCACAAAGAAUAUGAUUGAACGGACGUAUGGUGCUACGUUGGCAGAGUUGACAAGUCUGGAAGAGUUGAUGCGCACGAUGAUGGGAGAGAAUAUGGUGCAUACCGAUGUUGUCAACAAGCUCUGGCAAGUUUACAGUACGGAACAAGAAAUCCCCAAGGCGCAGAGGCAAGGGGCAAUCAUCAUUCUCGGGAUGUUGGCCCUGGCCAAGAAAGAGGUGGUAACCGAGAAGGUGGACAAACUAUUGAAGAUUGGUUUAGGACCACUUGGAAUGCAAGAUUUGGUGCUGGCGAAGUAUACUUGUAUCGCUCUUCAACGUCUUAGCGGGUCUGCGAAGAAAGUCAAAGGCUCCCUCCAAGACAAAACAAUGCGUUUACCAAUGGACAAUCCUAUCUUCACCAAACUCCAAGAUAUCAUCGAGUUUUCUCCCAAAUCCCCCCAAUGGUUCUCCAUGGCUGAACAGGCUGUUAACACCAUUUACCUAUUGGGUGAACAGCCGGAUAGACUUUGUACGAAGAUCAUAAAAGACUUGACAGCCAAGGUGUUUGAAGCGCCUGAAAAGGAAAUGGAGGUCGAGAAGGAAAAGGAGAGGGAGGAAGAAAAAAAUGGAGAACUGGAGAAUGGAAAACUGGACAAUGGAAAACAAGAGAUCACUGAAAAUGGUGAUGUCUCCGUGAGAGCAGAUAGCGAGCCGGAAACUGUGGAUGAUGGUGAAACCUCUCAAACCCAAUCCCAACUCGCCCCUACCAAUGAAGAGGUUGCGCUUUUGAAAGCACAAGCCAGUAGCUUUAGGAUUGCUCAGAUGGUUUUCAUUGUUGGUCAUGUGGCUUUGAAACAUAUCGUUUAUCUUGAGCUUGUGGAGAGGGAGUUCAAGAGGAGGAAGGAUGAGAAAGCAAAAGAGAAAGCGGCAGCAAAGGCUGCUGAGAAGGACCAGAACGAUCUCGACGCUGUAGCAGGUAAUGCCGAGGAUGACAUCGGUGAUCUCAUAUCCACCAUGAAAGAGAAGGAACUGCUGUAUGGCGACAAGAGCUUAUUGGCCGUGUAUGGAGAUUUAAUCGCGCAUAUCUGUGCCAGUCCAAAGAAAUACAAAUAUCCUUCACUCCGAGAAGCAGCAACGCUGAGUUUAUCAAAGCUCAUGUGCGUCUCGUCCCAGUUUUGUGAACAACACUUGCCGUUAUUGUUCAAGAUUCUCGAGACGAGCAAAGACCCUGUCGUAAGGAGUAAUAUCGUGAUCGCUUUGGGCGAUAUCGCAGUCUGCUUUGGUAACUUGAUUGACGACAACUCCGAACGUCUCUAUCAAGGCCUCGCAGAUACCGACCUUGUCGUCAAGAAGAACACCCUCAUGGUUCUCACCCAUCUUAUCUUGAACGGUAUGAUCAAGGUCAAAGGUCAACUGGGUGAAAUGGCCAAAUGUUUGGAGGAUCCCGAUCAACGGAUCUCGGACCUCGCGAAACUGUUCUUCACAGAGCUGUCGACAAAGGACAAUGCGCUGUAUAACAACUUGCAGGAUGUUAUCAGUCAUCUGAGUAUUGGAGCACAUGCCGUUGAUGAGGGGACUUUCGAAAGGACAAUGCGAUUCAUUUUCACCUUCAUUGAAAAGGAAAAGCAGGCAGAAUCAAUUGUGGAGAAGCUAUGCCAACGAUUCAGACAGGCGACAGAGGAGCGACAAUGGAGAGACAUCUCCUACUGUCUUUCACUCUUACCAUUCAAGUCUGAGAGAUCCGUCAAAAAGCUCAUCGAGGGUCUGCCAUUCUAUCAGGAUAAACUCCAUGAAGAGACAGUGUUUAGACGGUUCACUGAGAUCUUGGCCAAGGCUCGAGCGAACAAGGCUUCCAACAAGCCUGAAACUGAAUUGCAAGAGUUCGAACGGAUCCUCAACGAGCAUCAAGCAAAGGGUCUUGAAGAUCAAGCCCUCGAAGCGGACGUAUUACGCAAGGCUAAAGCUGCGAAACGCCGUGCCGCUAAACGGCCUCCUGCGGCGACAGCGAGAACGACCCGGAGAAAGCAAGUCAUUGAGGAGGAUGUUGAGGAAGAUGAGGAAGAGACACCAACUGUCGAUGAGGAGGAGGCUGAAGAAGAAGAGGCAUUUGCACCACGGAAGAAGGUGACCGCAAGAAAGGCGCCACCAAGGAGAGGAGGAAGAAGGAAGAAAGUUGUGGAAAGUGAGGAUGAGGAUGAAGAGGAUGAAGAUGAGGAUGAUGAGUAGGUUCGGUAAUAGUCGUGAACGAUUAUAUUCUUCCAUAUAUAUGGGUGUUGUAGGAUGCAUUAUGAUUUUUUGG